AUGCCGGAGGCGGACGUGCUGGCCGCGGUGACCGCGGCGGAGGUGGUGUCCCCGCGAUCCGGCUACUUCCGGCAGCGGAGCAUAAACACCCCGGAUCCGGACCGCAAGGCGUUCGACGUCGAGAACCCGCCGGGGGCCUCCGUGGGCGCCACCGGAGUCGGAGCAGGAGGGCUGGGGCUCCGGCCCAGCGAGUCCGUCGCCAAGCUGGAGUCGCUGGAGCGGGCGGAGCGCGCCGCCCUGGCGCCCGCGGUCGUGCUCAAGACGGGGUUCUACAUCCUCGUCUGGUACACCUUCAGCACCUGCCUCACCCUAUACAAUAAGACGCUGCUGGGGGACAAGCUGGGCAAGUUCCCGGCGCCGCUGCUGAUGAACACUGUGCACUUCGCGCUGCAGGCCGCGCUCUCCAAGAUCAUCCUGCUCUUCCAGGCCAAGGGGAUCGACACCGCCGUCGAGAUGAGCUGGAAGGAUUACUUCAUGAGAGUCGUCCCAACCGCUCUGGGAACCGCGCUCGACAUAAACCUGAGCAACGCGUCUCUGGUGUUCAUCACGGUCACGUUCGCCACUAUGUGUAAAUCGGCGUCGCCAAUAUUCCUUUUGCUAUUCGCUUUUGCAUUCCGGUUGGAGAGCCCCAGCAUCAAGCUUCUAGGAAUCAUAGUUGUCAUUUCCAUUGGGGUUCUGUUGACAGUUGCCAGGGAAACUGCGUUUGACUUCUGGGGCUUCAUUUUUGUGACGCUUGCUGCUGUUAUGUCAGGAUUCCGCUGGUCCAUGACACAGAUUCUAUUGCAAGGCCUGAAAGAUCCAAUCACCCUGAUGAGUCAUGUUACUCCAGUGAUGGCCAUAGCCACCAUGGUACUAUCUCUCCUGUUGGAUCCUUGGAGUGAUUUUCGAAAGAACACGUAUUUCGAUAACCCAUGGCACGUCAUGCGCAGUUUCUUACUUAUGCUAAUCGGAGGGAGCUUGGCUUUUUUCAUGGUGUUAACGGAGUAUAUACUUGUUUCAGCAACAAGUGCUAUAACUGUGACGAUAGCUGGGGUAGUAAAGGAAGCUGUAACCAUCUUGGUUGCAGUAUUUUAUUUCCAUGAUGAAUUUACUUGGUUGAAAGGGGUUGGUCUUACCACUACUAUGGUUGGUGUUAGCUUAUUCAACUGGUACAAGUAUGAGAAAUUCAAGAAGGGUCAGAUAAAUGAGGAUGGAGUUGAUUCACCUUCAUUUAGUGGGGAUGCCAAAUACAUUAUUCUAGAUGACCUGGAAGAUGAGGAUGGGUUUCUGGAUGAAGAUACAUAA